AUGGUGGCCGCCACGCCCCUUCAUCAGCUCCGGCGCGUCCGAGUCCCCCGACUUCUUUCCGCGUGCUCCCAGGCCUUCUCGGCGCUCUCCCCUCCCUCGGCGCCCCCCUCCCUCGUCGUCCGCUCCCCUGAAUGCGCGUCCAGGCCGCGCCCUCUAGCCCGCUCCGCCGCUCCAGCGCCCCCCCCUUCCCCCAGAUGCUUCUCGACGUCGCCGCCCAGGCACACCAAGACCAUCAAGCCGCACCGCCUUCCCGCCAACCUGAUCCCCCCGUACCCGUACGGCCAGCGCCGCGUCUACAAGCAGUCCAACCGCGGGCUCUACGGCUCCGCCCGGAUCCGCUUCGGCAACACCGUCGCCGAGAAGCACCGCAACAAGUCCCGUCGCGUCUGGCGCCCCAACGUCCACGUCAAGACCUUCUUCUCGCCUGCGCUCGGGGCCCGCGUCAAGACCCGCCUCACCCUGCGCGUGCUCAAGACCAUCCGCCGCGAGGGCGGCAUCGAAAACUACCUCCUCAAGAGCAAGCCCGCCCGCGUCAAGGAGCUCGGCCCGGGGGGCUGGAACCUGCGCUGGAUCCUCAUGCAGACGCGGCUGGUCCAGGAGCGCUUCAACCGGGAGAGGAUUGCGCUCGGCCUGGAGCCAAACGAGAUCGAGGACAGGGACGACGUCAUCCAGUUUGCGCUCGACUAUGCCACCCCGGGGCCCUUGAGUGUGCGCAGCCUGGCCACGUUGGACGACAUGCGAGCCUCUGUGGCUGACGCCUUUGUCCUGGGAGAGGAAACCUUGGCCGACGUGGAAGGCGUGCAGGAGCUGUCAGACGAGGCUGAGGAGCGACUGUUGCGGGACAUGGGAGACGCUGAUGAGCAUCAUCAACAUCAUCAUCAUCAUCACCAUCGUCAUGUGCUUGACUCGCAGCCACGACCGGAAGCUUAG